CCAGUUCGUCUGAUCCCAACCAUUAGCUGUAAUUUCCAGGAUUCUGGCAACCUGAAGCCUCCAAAGGCUCCCGAUCGUCCCCUUGUGCCGUACAUGCGCUUCAGUCGUAAAAUGUGGGCGAAGGUUCGAUCCGAGCAUCCAGAUAGUCAGUUAUGGGAUAUCGGUAAAGUGAUCGGACAAAUGUGGAGAGAUGCACCUGAAUCCGAAAAAUCUGUUUAUCAACAGGUAUUUCAUUUGUUCAUAACUCUUCCGAAAUCUUUCCAUAACACUGCCUAUAAAUAUUGUGGCUAUAAAAAUCAACUAAAUUUAAUAACUCACUGUUAG